UGCCCAGCGUUCUAGGAGACCAAGGAAGCGCAGGCCCGAGACCUUGCCAUGAAGCCACACUUGAAGCAAUGGAGACAACGCAUGCUCUUCGGGAUAUUUGUUUGGGGGCUUCUUUUUUUGGUAAUCUUCAUCUACUUCACAGACAGCAACCCUGCGGAGCCUGCGCCCAGCUCCUUCUCCUUCCUGGAGACCAGGAGGCUCCUGCCCAUUCAGGGCAGGCAGCGGGCCAUCAUGGGUGCCAUGCAGGAGCCCUCCUCCCCAGGGAGCUUGGAUCCCAACAAGGUUCCACGGGCCGGGCCCCCAGUUGGUCCUUUUCACGCAGGACCCAGGGACCCACAAACAUGGGAGCAGGCCCCAGAUGGCUUUGGCCACGCAGAGUUGUUUUUUACCUCCCAGAUAGGGAGGAAAUCUCAAAGUGCGUUCUACCCUGAGGAUGACGACUACUUCUUCGCUGUGGGUCAGCCAGAGUGGCAAAGGCACGUGCCAGGGACCUGGGGAUUGCCGUCCCCAGAGGAGCCAUCGCAGCGGCGGGGAGCCCAGAGGAGGCUCCGAGUGAAGAAGAGAUGGAACCCCGCCUCCGAGGAGGGAGACGAUGGGGACCGGCUGUCGGCCUCCAUGUCCCGGGCCUUCCUGUACCGGCUGUGGAAGGGGAACGUGUCAGCGCGCAUGCUGGCCCCGCGCCUGCAGAAGGCCAUGCGGGAUUACAUGGCGGCCAACAAGCAUGGGGUGCGCUUCCGAACCCCGCGCCAGGCACGCCGCAGCCGCAGCCGGACCGAGCUGCUGUGCGAGCUGCGGCGUCGCGGCCGUGUGCGCACCCUGGAUGGAACCGAGGCGCCCUUCUCCACGCUGGGCUGGCGGCUGCUGGUGCCAGCUGUGCCCCUGGGCCACCAGCUGCACCCACACGGCCUGCGGAGCUGCGCAGUGGUCAUGUCAGCGGGUGCCAUCCUCAAUUCCUCCCUGGGAGAGGAGAUAGAUUCUCACGAUGCGGUUUUGAGAUUUAACUCAGCUCCUACCCGAGGUUAUGAGAAAGAUGUCGGAAAUAAAACCACUGUCCGAAUCAUUAACUCCCAGAUUUUAACCAAUCCCAGCUAUCAUUUCAUCGACAGCUCUUUAUAUAAAGAUGUCAUUUUGGUGGCAUGGGACCCUGCUCCUUAUUCUGCGAAUCUUAACCUGUGGUACAAAAAGCCAGAUUACAACCUGUUCACUCCAUAUAUUCAGCAUCGUCAGAGAAACCCAACUCAGCCAUUUUACAUUCUUCACCCUAAAUUUAUAUGGCAGCUGUGGGAUAUAAUCCAGGAGAACACAAAGGAGAAGAUUCAGCCAAACCCACCAUCUUCUGGUUUCAUUGGAAUCAUCAUCAUGAUGUCCAUGUGUAAAGAGGUGCACGUCUAUGAAUACCUCCCAUCUAUCCGCCAGACAGAGCUUUGCCACUACCAUGAGCUCUACUAUGAUGCGGCCUGCACUCUGGGCGCCUACCACCCUCUGCUGUACGAGAAGCUCCUGGUACAGCGCCUGAACAUGGGCACUCAGGCGGAUCUACACCACAAGGGCAAAGUGGUCCUGCCCGGCUUCCAGGCUGUGCAUUGUCCAGCCCCUAAAUCUGAUGAUGGUCACUCUUAAGAAAGGGAAUCUUGAGAAUCACUGUGCAAUAAGGUACUACUGUAGUCCUCCAAGUUACAAAAAUAUACUUGAAGCUAGAUUUUAAGCAAUGUAGUGUUGAGUCUUUAAACUGUAAUUCAGUGGUGGCCAUGAUAACUCUGUUCUUCCUAAGCCAUGGAAUAUUUAUUACUUCUUUGAGUAUAGAAAUGGAAUUUCAAGUACUCAAGAAAGAUGCAAAAAAUAAAAUUAAGAAAAAGACCACAUAGAAAGCAAAUUGUUUUACCAUGGACACAAUACCUCCAAAACUGUUAGCCUUCUUGUAGGCUGGGCUACCCCCUAUCAGGGUUGGUUCCAACAACAGGCUGUGGUGAUAGUGCCAUUAACAGGCAGUUUCUGUAUAGAAAAAUUCAAGUUGAGGUCCAGUAUCUAGAAAGUCACUUCUACAUACAUUCCUUAAUAAAGGUCCUGGAUUUUAGGAUGAAGGUCUGGAUUAUCACUCAGACAUUUUUUGUUUUGACAACAGAAAUUCCCCUUAUAGCUUAUCAGUUUCUAACUAUCACAUUCUCCAUCUCUGCUUUCCCAUUUCCCACCAGAUGCUUCUCCCUCUGUAUCAUGACAAAUUUCUAAAACUAUAGCUUAUCAGUCCUAAAUAGUCCAAGGGAAAGCCAAAUGCCUGACAGGCACACUGUUUCCCUGUGGUACUUCAUGACCUAACCAAGAUCGCAUUACCGGCUAGUAUACAGAUCCACAGGGCUCUAGAGUCACCCUCACCUCCCUAGCUCUGAUGUUUCCAUCCGUUUCUUCUGGUUUACAAGUCCAUCCUACAGUUCUUACAUUGCCAUAUAACAAAUGGUGCAGGCUUAUGGGGAAUUUUCUUGUUCCUUACAAAUGGAAAUGGACUUUGGAGUCACCAUUCUUGAGCUGCAAUAGACACAUACCUAUGUGUCUUUUAAUAGAGAUUUCUUAUAGCCUUGAGCUAUUGAAAACUUGGCAGUUGGGUGCUCUAAAGUUUUACAAAUUCUUUCUAUUGGCAAAUGUAGAAAUGCAAUCCUUUUUGUUCAUGGGCAUGGUUUAUGUAAACAGCAUGGCAGAGCCAUGUAAUGAAUAAAAUUCAGUGGAAGCAUUUCUCCUUAAUAAUAAGAAAUACAUCUGUGUUCAGGUUAAAAAGCAAGGGAAAAUUUUCAUCCUAAAUUGUUAGCUAUAUCCGGGUGUGUUAAUCUUAACUUCUGUCACUCCUACAUUAGUACCUCUCUGAUUCUUCUGUGCUACCUCUCUCCAGUGAAGAUAGUUCAACAGAAGCACUUUGGAAUAUGUAAAUUAAACAUGCCAUUAUUUUCAUACCAAACCAAAACGUUUCUCAGCGGUAGGUGCAGUUUAGACUUUCUUUGGUGAAGACAAGAGCAGCUUAAUUAAAUACAAUUUUCCUGGCAAAAUGAGUGAGUGAGUGACUGCCAGGAAAGUUUAGUGGAAAAGUGUUUUCUUUUUCUUCAGGAUUGGUUUGUUCGAGAAUGCUCACAGGACUGUUUUCUUGAGCAAGAGUGAUUUUCAGAGCCUGACAGCUUCUAUUUACUUACUCUACUCAGCAGAAAAUAAGUUGGACAACAGCAUAAACUCUUUGUGGCUUACUACCACUGUGAAGUAAAAGGAUUCAAAAAGUUUCUCCUUAUGACAAUAUCUGAUAAAAGUCCAUUUGAGAGCUUCAUUACUAAGUUUAUGAAGAGGGAUAGCUAGCUGUCUCCUAUGCACUAACUUAUAUCUCAAGUAGCAUAAGGUUCUUUGUAAUUUCCUGAAAGAGCAUGAUCUUGCUGCAUUUGUGUGAGUGAUAAUUUCCAUAACUCUGAAUACAACGAGGAAGCUGGACUAUAGGACAUAUAUCUCCUCCUAGCAUCCUUGCAUCGUUUGAGAAUCUUCCAGGCAUUGAUAUUUUAUUACUCACAUUAUUAAAGUUCCUUUUGUAGUCUUCCAAGUGACAUCCUAGCCUUACCAGUAUCCCUAUAAUCCAGGACAAUCCCCUUUGGUCACAAGAAAAUUUGGUUUGAAAAUAACUAUUGAAGGCAGUAUAAAUAUGCAAGUUCAAAAGAAACUUCAAAAGUUUUCAAAUAGCACUCUUUAUGGCACAUUUAAAAGAGUAAUCCCAGCAUUCUUUAUAGAGAUUAUUGACAAAAGAGCAAAAAGGAAAUCUAAUUAAUUUUUAAAAUUUUAUUAUGACUCUUGAAGACUCUAGAAUUGGUUAAACAUUCCAAAAAUGGUGCAUAUGUUAAUAGCAUUGGUUGGGCAUUCUUAUGUUUAGAAAUUCAAAUAAUUUAGGUUCAGAUUCUUACAUAGUGAUGUUCAAUGUCAUGUCUGCUGCUAAUAUUAGCCAAAUCAUCCUCAGUUGUGAUGUUUUACUAGACAUUGAUUAAAAUCAUACAUGCCUCAUUUACUGAGCUCCAGUAAACACAUAGCCCUUCUGUGGAAUAGCUAAUACUAAAUGGCAUCUCUCCCUCAACCCCUUUUCUUUCUGGUUCAAUCCCUUCCAGAACUCUUCAUCCUCUUUAGCGAAGGGAAGCUGAACAAGUCCUCACAGUGUAACCUGAAGUGAUCAGGCAUUUCUUCUACUCUCACGAGUACAUCACAUUCCCUUGCAUUUCAAUAUAACUUCACUCCAUCCAUUGUUGUUGCUAUCAUAAAAUCCCAGACGUCACCAAGAAUGACAAUAACAAUUCAAGGUAGAUUCUCCCUACUUUGUUUUUCCAGGUGCUCACCUGAUGCAGGAGGAUAAUGUCUAUUGGAUAUGAGAUUCUCAGUCCUAGACUGUUCCCAGAGAUAACAAUGACGGAUCCAUGUGGCUGCCCUUCCUGUAGAGGAUAGAUGCUCAGGGACCAGAGGUGGUCAAUUCAAAGUUGCAUAUCAGCAACUGAGUGUGCUUUAAUAGGCAAGUGAAGGGCCUUCACACAGGUUUGAUUUUUGUGCUUUUCCUUGUCUUUCUGACAGGACAUAGAGUUCAAGGUGUUCUGUCUCACAAAUAACACUUCCUAUGGAUCUUGUCCCCUUGGUCACUCAGUCUGAAACCUAAUCAACCCUCAACUCUCCAGUAGCCCUCUAUCAUUAUAGCCAAACAUCUAGACAAAAGUUCAGGUAAUUGUCAGUAUUUUCCAAAUUGGGAAAUAAAAGGACCUGAGUCAUUCUAUUACACGCUUAUAAGCUAUUUAAUCCUGAAGACCAUAAUUAUACCUACGAUAUUGGCUGACCUUUGGGAGUGUAAGAAACAAUGUACUACUGAGUUAACCUGGUGAUGUUUAGUAUGUAUUAGGCCAUAUCAGUCUUAGACGAUGGAUAGAAGAAUUUCUUUAUGCACAAAUGGCAUGAUUACAGUUCUGUAGGUUUUCUUACGCAUCAGCACAGUGAUUGUGGUCAAGAUUACUUCUUCCCAUUUGGGCUUCGUUGUGGAAAGAGUCAGAGAAAGGGAGAAAGGAAGGGCUGAGGGAUUAUGGACAGAUACAUGAUUGAGUAUGCAGGACACAGUCUCUGAAUAUGUUUAGCAUAUUAACCUGUUUGAUUUCUGAUUCUUUGACAGUUUAGAACUGUUGCCUUGUGGUUACACAGCUGAUGAAGGCAGCUCCAUUUAGAAACUAAUUCCUUAGAUAAAAUGUGCCUGAGUUUAAGCUAGUUUUUCUACUCUGGUUAUUUCUUUUGUGAAAUUCUUCUGCAUGUUUCUGUCACUUGGACAUUAUUUAAACACUUGAUAAAUGGAAAAUGUUUCUUUGAUGGUUCAAGGAAUGAAGUAUAAAUUCUGAAUCUUCUUUUAUUAAAUGAAUGAAGCCUUCAGUAAGAAAAAAAGCAAUCCAGCAUAUUCUCUCUAACUUUAGCCUAAGGAAAUUUGAAGAAUUAAAGACACUGAUAUAGUUCUUACUCUAGCAUAGAAGUGUGCAUGUAGAUAUAGUUAUAUAAUUAUAUACACAUAUCUACACACAUGAUUGCUUUUAUAUUGUCUUUUUCACUCAUCUUUAUGAUGAAAUCUUUACAAAAUAAGUUUUAUUUUAAUUACGUAAGCACUAAAUUUUUCAGAGGAGGAUUACAUCCUAUGUCCUUAUGUUAAAAAAGAAUUCAGUCCUCUAUCUUGUGCCAAUGUCAUAUUCUACAUAUCUCUAUCAUAUCGAAAAAUUUGAGUAAAAUAUUUAAAAGGAAUUAUGAAGAUAGUAUUGUUUCCUAAUCUUAAGUUUUAUUUUAACUCUGAAAUUUGAAGAGAAGUUUAUCUGUAUCUCAUAGCUUUUACAGGAUUAGGGGAAGAAACAUUUACUGGUUCUAUAGACAAUAGUCUUCUAACUAUUUAGUUUUCAAGCAAACAAAAUGCAUUAAAAUCUGACAUUUAUAACAUAUCUUGCUCUGCUCUCAUGAAACUACGUAUGAAAUCCUUCCAGUGAAAACCAGUGAACUUUUCUAACAGCUUUGGGAGUUUUUUUGUAUGAUAAUUUUUAAAAUGAAGUGUGUACUCUUCAAACUAAUCAAGGCUUAAAGUUUUCCAGGAAUUGCAUUUUAGAAGUGUUUGUAUACAUUUUAACACUUUGAUAUUUUCUAUUUUGGUUUUUGUAUAUUUUUAUGUAUACACAGUGUACAGACUUUUUCUUGUAAAUAAAACAUGUUUUCAUUUGUGUA